UGCUCACAGAUCGACAGAGCAGCAGCUUUCUAGAAGCUUUCCUCCUGACUCCUCCAGCCUAGACAUGGCUCAGAAGCUCUGGGAUCCCUGCAGUCUCACCUGUGCUAUCUAGAAAGCAUUUCCACAACAAGCGAUGAGAGCGUGAUUAGACCCUGCAGCACAGACAGAUGGCAGCCUUAUAAACCCUGUUCUCACACUGCACUGGGGCCUUGUUAAACUCUUGCCUUGCCGUUUGGAUUGUGAUGCACAGACAGCUUUGUCCUGGCCACUCUGCAAUUCCUUCGGUAGUAGCACAGUGAGCAUGCCCAGGUGCCAGUGCUGGCUUCAUGCAGGGGGACAUGUAUGUUAAAUUUCAGUAAGUGACCCCUGGCUGUAAUGCCUUAAGAGACUUCAUGAUUGCUGCUGAGCCCCUAGAGCUGUUGAAUCAUUAAUUUCAGAGCUCUGCUGAGAGCAGGGAGCACUGAGAGGUAUGCACCCAUGUGUCUGGAUGCGGCAGAGUUGCAUGUCACUGGUGUGGAGCUGGAAGGGCAUGGGAUCAAACUGUAACUAAAAGCACAGUUUGCUCUGGAAAAGCUGUAGCUGUCAAGGUGAUGGAUGAGGCUGCAAGCUCACAGUAUGGCUCCAAGCACACGACCAAACACACAACACUGGCCAUUAAAAGAGCAUUUAGGUGGAGUGGGAGCACAGCUUUCUAUUGCCUAGAAAGGAGCUCAAACACUGGCUUCCUGCUCCAGAUAACACCCAGACAGCACUUUCCAAGCAUCCCUCUCUAAUGGACUCUUGCCUGCAGCUGACAGAGCAGCCGCCCUGAGAUACUCACGGUGCCUUGCAGGGCCCGCGGCAGCGCCAGUAGCAACCUGCUGUAGCAUGCAGUCCAGGCAAGCCCUGGGCAUGGCAGGGAGUGGCUGCGCUCAGAUCAGUACAGGGCGAGGGGUGAGUCAGGCACAGCCAAGCCACCAUGCGCAUGGCAUGGAGCCGUGGGAGUGCAUUGCCAGGAGGGGCAGAGGUUGGGAGUGGUGCUGCGAGUGGAGGGGUUCCUUACUCUGCUGGAUUUGCCUCCCUCUUCCAAGUUUUCCUGCUGCUGUGUUGUAUAACUUACAGGAAAGUAUGGAGAAACCAAAAAUUCCCAAAUUACUAAACCUGACUGUUCAUUGACUCAGACCUGGUCCUUCCCAGCCCUCUUUUUUCUGCAAGUAGGAGCUGUAGUGUAGGUUGAAAAACUCCCCUCAAAGAUUGCAGCCCACAAGCUCGAUGAGAGCCCAGCAGGCAGAACGGGCCCUUGCCAGCAGAACUCAGUGUGCUGACUCCAAGUGUUUUAUUUUGCCUCUCAUCCAGCCACAACCAGAAACCUGUCUGCCUGCCUGCUUUGUCGACAGCUCCUAUUGCCACUUCCAAGCUUCAACACAAACCUCAGGGGAAGAAAUGCAGCCACAGCAGAAAUGCUAUUUGUUUGCGGAGCUGCUCAGGGCCUGGUACAAAAGCUGCUUGGGACAUUCAGCUCCCUUUGCAUGCCCUGAAAGGCAGGCUCGGAAGCAAAGAUAUCACAGUAUCCCCGUGCUGUGGACCAGAGCAGGCAGCAGGGUAGCAUGGGAUGUGCCACAGCUACAGUGGAAACAAGGGAAAUGAGAGCACGGUGCUUGCAGGAACCUUGUGCAAUCAGCUGCCCUGAUGCUGAAAGACAGCCAAAUUGCUCGAAGAAAAUGCCCUAGUGAGAGGAAAUCUUGUCCAAAACAGACUGUGUUUUGUCCCUGGAAUGAUGUAAAGUGAACAAAAAUAGGUGUUGACAAGGUCACUCCUUUCUGUGAUUUGCCAUUUUCUUUAUCCAGAGACUAGAAAAGGUAAUUCUAUUUCAUGCAGAGAUAGAUAGCUUGAAAUCUGCUUUGCAGUUCAAAUAUAGGCAAAUAAAAAGGAGUGGAGACAUUGGAAAUGUCUCUCUUGGAAAUCAAACACAGCAUAUGCCGCAGCUGAAAGCCUGGUGCUGCAUUUAAUGAGAUGUGACUGUUUGCUUUUGCUUUAGAGUCACCUCAUGCUUCAGACAUUAGAAAAAUCUAUCUUAGUUCGACUAGUAAAUGAAAAACAAACAAUUUCCCCCACACCCUUUCCCCUCUGCACUAUUUUUAGCAAGAGGCUUGUCCCUGUACAUCUACCAGCCCAGGCAGCUGACAGGUAUCAGACGAUGGCCACAACAGAGAGAAAAUAGUGGUUGCAGGAAUGCACCCAGCGCUGUGUCUGCCCUGCCGGCAGCUCUCUGGCCACAUACAGUGAUGGAGGUAAACAUACGUGGUAUAAAUGGAGGAACUGCAAACGCUGGGACUAUGAACUACCUCUGGAGAGAAGUCAGGUUGCUAAAAAGAGUAAUGGAGAGACACUCUUCUUCCCAUCCUCUGUAAUGAGAGGAUUAAUGAGAGCCAGCAGAUCACAGGAGCACAUGCAUAAGGAGUCACUGCCUGCAGGGAUGCAGAGGCUGUGCUUUGCUCUUGGCUGAAUAGGGAAGAUCGCAGCAUGGAGGCUACUGACAUGAAGCCUUUUGCCACCAAAGAGCUGACAUUCACACUGUCAUGCUGCAGUGAAAGAGACUCUGAAAAUGACGAAGACGGCUCAGGAUACAGAACAGCUGCAUUCCCCUCUGCUACAGUGCCACCUCCUCCCUCUGCACCUCCCGUGUCCCCUACCUCUGCGAGUAGCCCCCAGCCAGUGCUGGUCACUGCAGGGCCUACAGAAGGCAGCCUGGAAAUUGAAAGUACACCCAGCCCUGAACUGAGCGACACAAGCAAUAACGGGAGUCUAGAGACGGAAGAGCCAUCUGUCUUACUGUAUGCUGUGCCCGCAGUGGUGCUGGCCCUGCUGGUCUUACUUGUCAUCAUUUUUAUAAUAGUCCAUAACAGGAAAAAGUCUAAGCAAGAUGAGCUGGGGAGUGAAAAUGUGAAAAGCCCUAUUUUCGAAGAGGACACACCCUCUGUUAUGGAAAUAGAAAUGGAAGAACUCGAUAAGUGGAUGAACAGCAUGAACAAAAAUGCUGAUUGUGAAUGUUUACCUACUGUAAGAGAAGAAGAAAAAGAAUCAGUGGCCAAUCCAAGUGACGGUGAAUCAUGAAGCUACAGCAGCAGAGAACUCCUCAAGGGGAGCAGCAGACAAGCUAACAGAGCCCAGGUUGUGGACAACUGGAUUUCAACUCAAUUCAUCACAAAAGACUGGAGAAGCAAAUGCUUCUGUUGUGUCCUUCUACUUACAAUCUUCAGAAUAUAAACAAUUGGAAAAAAUAAAGGAAGAGUGCUGCAGUAAGACUAAGGAGCUCACUUAUUUCCCAACGCAGCAAGAUUCAGCACUGGUCAAGAAAAGCUUCCUGUCCCUGCCAAAGUUUUGAAAAGCUGUCCUCGCUUCUAUGCAGCUCUCCAUUUCUGUAUAGUGCAGCCAGUAAAAACACAUGCAUUCCAAGUUCAGCAGGCUGUUUUACUUCCCGUUUGUUUUAUAUGCAUACAUGAAAAACACCCACAGUUCUGGAUUGCACUGGUUCAAGUGGGUUUUAUUCAAGCUGCUGACCUUAUAUCCAUGCUAUGUUCAUCUUCCAACUUAUUUUUGGUAAUAGUGCAUGGAUUUGCACAGGAAUUCUGCUAGUGCAGUACAAGAGCAGGACUGACAAACAGCAGCUGGGAAGCUCUCCCAAAGGAUCCACCAGGAAGCAGCCUGAAGCCCAGCAAGUUUCUGUCUUCAAAUUAAGGACACU